AUGGAGGUGAGAUGGGUCCGAUCCCAGGACUCUGCUGUUGUGCACCUGUACCAAAAUGGGCAGGAUCGCUUUGAAAAUCAAAUGUUGGACUAUCAAGGAAGGACAGAGCUGCUGAAAGAUGACAUCACCAAUGGAAGUGUUUCCCUGAGAAUACGUGAUAUCCGACCUUCUGACGAGGGCCUGUACGUUUGUUUAUUUCAAUCACUUACCUUUUUUCAAGACGCCUCAGUGCUCCUGCAGGUGGAAGGUUUGGGCUCUGGCCCUGACAUCUCUGUGGAGGGACAUCAGGACGGAGGGAUCAAGGUGGUGUGUCGUUCAUCCAGAUGGUACCCACAGCCCGAGGCUCAGUGGAGAGAUCUUCAGGGGCAGUUCUUACCAUCAGCCUCUGAAAACAUAUCCCAAGCAGCCGGUGGCCUGUUUCAAACAGAGAUUGCCAUUGUUAUAACAGAAGAAUCCAACCAGAAAGUGUCCUGCUGUGUUAGGAACCCGCGUGUCAACCAGGAGAGAGAGUCAGCAAUUUACAUAGCAGAUCUCUUUUUUCCACGGGUCUCUCCCUGGGUGGUGGCUCUGGCAGUGAUCCUGGCUCUUGUCAUUGUCCUGGCCAUCUGCUGCAUCUGGACACAACGCAGAGCAAAAGAGACCCUGCAAACUCAUAUGAAGAAUCGGAAGGGGAUUCUGCUAACUGAAAUGGAGCAUGAGAAUGAGAGUCUGCAAUCUGAACUGGCGAAACAGAAAGAGGCCCACCUUGCAGAGAAAGAGAUUCUGAUAUCUGAAAUGGAGCAUGAGAAAGAGAGACUACAAUCUGAACUGGAGAAACAGAAAGAGGCCCACCUUGCAGAGAAAGAGAUUCUGAUAUCUGAAAUGGAGCAUGAGAAAGAGAGACUACAAUCUGAACUGGAGAAACAGAAAGAGGCCCACCUUGCAGAGAAAGAGAUUCUGCUAACUGAAAUGGAACGUGAGAAAGAGAGUCUGCAAUCUGAACUGGAGAAACAGAAAGAGGCCCACCUUGCAGAGACAGCCAAACUCCAGGCUGAGAUCGUUACAGGGUGGAGAAGCGCACAGCUCUACGCAGUGGAUGUGACUCUGGAUCCCAGCACAGCAAAUCCCUACCUCGUCCUGGCUGAGGAUCGGAAAUGUGUGACAUACCGAGACGAGCGCCAGGAUCUGCCUGACAAUCCGGAGAGAUUUGAUACUAUGGCGGUUGUCCUGGGCGCUGAGGGAUUCACGGGCGGGAAACGUUACUGGGAGGUGGAGGUUGGAGGAAAGCAUCUCUGGACUCUGGGGGUCUGUAGGGAAGCUGUGCGCAGGAAGGGGCAUAUUCUAUUUCUACCAAAGAAUGGUUACUGGACAAUAUGUCAGCAUGCUGGGCUAUUCAAGGCCAAUACCUCCCCCGAGACCGUCCUGCCCAUGAGCGUCAGGGCCAGACGAUUGGGGAUUUUCCUGGACUAUGAGGCGGGCAAGGUCUCCUUUUACAAUGUGACGGACAAGUCCCAUCUCUUCACUUUCACUGACACCUUCUCUGGGGUCCUCCGCCCUUAUUUCAACCCUGAAAACAAUAAAUGGGGCCCAAAUAGGUGUCCCCUGAUAAUCUGCCCAGUCCCAGCUCAGGCUGGAGGGAGUCUCUGUCCUGGACAGUGA